UUCAGCCCGAUUUAUGUCAUUAUUCAUUCAGAUACGUUGUCGUCAUCGUCGUCGUCGUCGUAAUCGUCGUUGUCGUCUUCGCAAAAUCAUGUCUCCUUUUACUACACCUUUUUUCUGCUAAUAUCUUACAUGAAUCACAUAUCUACCAUGACAGAAGAGCAAUUUGAAGGAUACAAGAAAGCUUUAGCUACAUUACAUUUGGAAAAACCAACAACGUUAACUGCAAGGUUUGCCUUGUACUGGUAUGAGAUUAUGAGCCAACAAUAUAACUUCGAUCGAGUCAAUAUUGAAAUGACUUACUUAAAGACAAUAUCACGGCAGCAAUUACUUAAUUUCUUUAAGGAAACUGUACAUAGUAAGGAUCGACGUAAAUUAUCGAUACAUGUGAUAUCCACAGCAUUAACUGAUGAAAAAGUUAAGAAAAUCGACGAUAUUUUGUCAUUUAAAAGGAGUCAAUCUUUGUAUCCUCUUAUCUAAUCGCUCAAAAAAAUUUCCUCGUGAAAGGCGUAUGUUCUUGUAGGUUAUAAAAAAAGUGAUAAAGUAAUAGUGAAUUAAACGAAUGAAUUUACUUACGCAUAUUUUAAGUAAAAACUUGACGCAUUAUUUUAGAGAAAUUAAUAAAUCACUUGCAGUUUUUAAGGUGGUUCUUUAGUAAACCCACACAGCAUUGAAAGUUUUCAGAAGUAAUCUUCCAAAGGACUCUCCCAAAUUCAAACAAAAAAAAAAUCCAAAAGCAGGGCGAUUGAGAGUCGGCGUGGUAAUUAGUAUGCAAAAUUAAUUCUUGAACCUUUAUUCCAAUAAUCUUUGGACGUUUUGACUUUCU